CCUGCCCACCUACCACCCCACCCCACCCGCUUCUUCUCCCCCUUUCUGGCAAACCCUAGCUCUACCUCAUCGCCGCACCCAUGGAGGAGGAAGAGCCGGAGAGCCGCGAUUGGGCCGAGAUGCCGUCAGAUGCGCUCUCGGCAGUGCUCGGGAAGCUCGACGUGGCCGAGCUCCUCACCAGAGCCGUGCUCGUGUGCCGCGCGUGGCGCCGGCUCGUCGACAACGACACCACGCUGUGGCGCCGCGUGGACAUGACCCACCACGGAGACCUCCUGGAGACCGAGGAGGCCGAGGCCAUGGCGCGCGCCGCCGUCGACCGCGCCGCGGGCACCCUGGAAGCCUUCUGGGCCGACACCUUCGUCACCGACGGCCUCCUCCGCUACAUCUCCGAAAGAGCAUUGGCACUGAAGAGCCUUCAACUCAUCUUGUGUGAUAAUGUAUCUAAUGAAGGGUUGGCAGAGGCAAUUAAGGGCUUCCCUCAGCUCGAAGAGCUGGAUCUUACAUUCUGCUCAGUGUAUGGCAACGUGUGCGAGUCAGUUGGCAAAGCCUGCCCACAACUGAAAUGCUUUAGGCUGAAUGAACGAUGGAAUAUCGUUGAAAGGGGGUUUGCAGCCUAUGAGGAGGGCAUGGAUGAUGACACCCAAGCAUUGGGGAUUGCUAACAGUAUGCCUCGUCUCCAAGACCUUCAGUUGAUCGGCAGCAACCUGACAAAUGAUGGACUGAUGGCGAUCCUUGUCCAUUGCCCCCACCUUCAAUCCCUUGACAUACGCCAGUGCUUCAACCUUCGAAUGGAUGAUGCUAUGAAAUCAAGGUGCGCUAGAAUCACCAAUCUUAAGCUUCCUCAUGAUCCCAUCACUGAUUUCAAGUACCGAGGUUACAUUGCCAGCACAGGGGGUGACUAUGGAUCUGACUUUGAGGUUGAUAUGUACGACGAUCUGUUGGAUGUGGUUACGGAUGAUGAUGAUGCAGAGUUUGAUGAUAUGGAUGAUUUUGAUGAUGCGGGCUCAGAUUCUGCCAUGUAUGAUGAUUUAUUUGAUGUCUGAAGGAGUUGCGACCAGGGCUGGGUUUUCAACUAGACGACGUGAACUCUGAGCUCAAAUGAUGUGGUGUUUACAUGCGUUGGAAUUCUCGCAAGUUAGGUUUGAGCACUUUGUUGCAGGAGAUUCAUUUAUGUUUGUCUUCUUUACUGUCAUUCUUACAAGAAACUAAUGUGUGAGACUGACUUGUUCGACUAUCACUUUCUUUCUGCAGUUCUAAUUUGUGAUGCACUUGUGUCAUGUCGUAGAAUCCUAUUAUUGUAAAUGAAAUAAAUAUGACAUACCUGCUGUGUUGA